AUGUUGUUUGUCGUACGAUUGGUAUGGAUUCUUGUCAUAAUUGCAUUCAUGCAAGGAACGAUAGGGAUCGCAUUUGUAUCCACAUCAUUAUAUGCAAAUCAUUCUAGUUUUCUUAAUACUUUAUUUAUUAUACCACACGUCAUGUUAUACAUACUCGGAGUUCUUUUAAUAUUUACGCUGAAAACAAGAGAUCCAAAAUACGUACGUCUGGCAGCACUUUUGUUUGUUAUAAAUGCAUUGAUAGGAUUUGCAGCCGGGAUUUUAUAUUUGGGUCAUUACAUGCACUUUUAUGCCAAUUCUUGGCUGGAUAAAAUUUUCUUUUAUUUUAGAAUGAGAUGUUGGGUCGGACCUGAGAGUAAUUUUACCAUAUGGCACAUAAUAACUUGUCUUCUCUUAAUAUUUUUCCUCCUUUGGAUAUGUUUUGCAACGCUUUUAUAUAAGAAUGCAAAAUGCGUUUGUCUCGUACCCUGUCCGUCUUACGCGUGCGAAAACGUUUGCGAUCCAACUCCAUCGCUUUGCAAAAAGAAAAAAGGACCCAUUGCUAAGUUUUUAAGUCGGGGAAGAUGUUGUCCUGCGCCACCGGUAAAUUUGUCCGCUUGUCCUCCACCUGAGCCACCGCCUCCGCCAAAACCCAAAUGUUGUCAGCCUCCUCCCAUGGAAGCUGAGUAUCCUCAGCAGCCUUGUCCGCCGGCUUGUUUGCGACCCUUACAAAAUCCUCCGCCGCAACAGAUGCAGAUGCCACCACCACCGCCGCCGCCACCUCCUCCUCCUCCUCCUCCGCCUCCUAUGGAAGCCGAUUAUACUGUCUGUCCACCAUCUUGUUAUAGAUCUGGUAUGACAACGAAUCCGCCACCUCCACCUCCUCCUCCGCCGCCUGGAUACUUUCCGACGUAUUGCCCGACAACACCUUGUCAAUCCACUCGUGCCGGAGUACAAACUCGUACUCCGUGUACGUCGGCACCUUCCAAGCCUCCGUGCGCUACCACUACAACCGGAGUAUGUGGAAAUAAAAAAGAUGAAAAGAAAUUAUCUUUAAUUCGAUUUAUAGCCCUUCAUUCUGCAAUACAUGGAUUAGUGGGACUCAUAUUGGUCGGAACGUCCGAUUACAUAAAUUACGAUAAAAAAAUUAACGCUUGGUUUAUGAUAUUUAAUUUUAUUUUUAUUGCUAUAGCAAAUAUGAUAAUACAUUCUAAAUACGAAUGUUGGAUAGGACCCGAUCACAUGAUAACCGCUUGGCACAUAUUCGUCGUGUGUCUUUUGUUUUUUAGUCUCCUUUGGUUCGUAUACGCUUAUUGGCUCUUUAAAUACUCCAACUGCGUGUGUCUCAUUCCCUGUCUCUUGUACACAUGCGAAUACGGUUGUUGCAAUAAAAAAAAUUUAAUUAAAAGAAUAUUUUAUUCCGAAAGUUGUUGCGCUCAACCGAGAGAGUGCGUAUUUUCAAACGAAAACAUUCCACCGCAAAAUCCGCAGAGGUUUAUUUGUAAACCUCUUACUCCUUCGAAUGUUCUUCUGCAAGAAGAAUGCGAAGGACCGAAUUAUUAUAUGGAAGUUGUAGAUGAUGAUGAUACGUGUUGCAACGCAACUUGCGAUCCAACCCAAAUAAAUCCUUCUUCAUAUUGUGAACGACCAACGUGA